AUUUAUAAUAUUUUCAGUGAUAAUUGAUAUUAAUUUAUUAUAUUUCAUUUGGCCCAUUAUUACAUCAAACUUCGUAAUCACCACGAAAGCAUUAUUAUUGCUACUUGCAAAAUUUUUCCAAUUUAUGUUAUACUGUAAUAAAUUAUGAGCUAUUCUACUAUGGUAGAACCCGCUGCUGAGUAUUUAAAUUUUCCGAAAGAAGAAGAGAAAAUUUUGAAAUUUUGGAAUGAAAUAAAUGUUUUUCAAGAAUGUUUGAAGCAAUCUAAAGGAAAACCUCGAUAUACUUUUUAUGAUGGACCUCCAUUUGCAACUGGACUGCCUCAUUAUGGUCAUAUAUUAGCAGGUGCUAUUAAAGAUGUAGUUACUCGAUAUGCUCAUCAAACGGGACAUCAUGUUGAAAGAAGAUUUGGAUGGGAUACACAUGGUUUACCUGUUGAAUUUGAGAUUGACAAGUUACUAGGAAUUAAAGGACCUGAAGAUGUAGCAAAAAUGGGUAUUGAAAAAUAUAAUGCUGAAUGUAGAAAAAUUGUGAUGCGUUAUGCCAGUGAUUGGGAAAAAAUUAUUAAUAGAUUAGGACGUUGGAUUGAUUUUAAAAAUGAUUAUAAAACAUUAUAUCCAUGGUUUAUGGAGAGUGUUUGGUGGGUUUUUAGUGAACUUUGGAACAAGGGUUUGGUGUACCGUGGUGUUAAAGUUAUGCCUUAUUCAACUGGUUGCAGUACACCUUUAUCAAAUUUUGAAUCUGGUCAAAAUUAUAAAGAAGUAGUUGACCCAGCUGUAAUGGUAAGCUUUCCACUAGAAUCUGAUCCUUCAACUUCCCUAAUUGCAUGGACUACAACACCAUGGACUUUACCUAGCAAUUUAGCACUGUGUGUCAACUCUAAUUUGAUUUAUGUUAAAAUAAAAGAUCUGAAUGGUAAAAUUUAUAUAUUAAUGGAAGCUAGAUUAGAAGUUCUGUUUAAAAAAAAAGAAGACUAUAUAGUACUAGAUACAUUUCUUGGAGAAAAACUGAAAGGAUUAAAAUAUAAACCACUUUUUCCUUAUUUUGUACACACUCAAAAAUCAGCUUUUAUCAUCUUAACUGAUGAUUAUGUCUCUGCAGAAUCUGGAACUGGAAUUGUUCAUCAAGCACCGUACUUUGGAGAAGAUGAUUAUCGUGUUUGUUUAGCUGCAGGAAUUAUCACUAGAGAUCAAGAUAUAGUGUGUCCUGUAGAUGAAAGUGGCAGAUUUAUAUCUCCAGUUAAAGAAUUUGAAGGCCAAUAUGUGAAAGAUGCCGAUAAAAAUAUUAUUAAAUUUUUAAAAGAAACAGGAAGACUUGUAAAUGCAUCUUCAGUAAAACAUAGUUAUCCAUUUUGUUGGCGUUCCGAUACACCUUUAAUCUAUAAAGCUGUGCCAUCUUGGUUUGUUCGAGUGCAACAUAUGAGUCAUAGUCUUUUAGAAUGCAACAAAGCAACAUAUUGGGUACCAAAUUUUGUUAAAGAAAAACGUUUUGGAAAUUGGUUAAAAGAUGCACGUGAUUGGGCAGUUAGUCGAAAUCGCUAUUGGGGUACACCUAUACCCCUAUGGGUAUCAGAAGAUGGCAAAGAAAUUGUAUGUAUUAGUAGUAUUGAACAUUUACAUAAAAUGACUGGAGUUCUUGUAACGGAUUUACACCGAGAAGUAGUUGACAAAUUGACAAUACCAUCAACUAGACCUGGAUAUCCACCUUUGCAACGCAUUAAUGAAGUUUUUGAUUGCUGGUUUGAGUCUGGUUCUAUGCCAUAUGCCCAACAGCAUUAUCCAUUUGAAAAUAAAAAAGAAUUCUAUGAAAGAUUUCCUGCAGAUUUUAUUGCAGAAGGAAUAGAUCAAACUAGAGGAUGGUUCUAUACUUUAUUAGUGAUAUCAACAGCAUUAUUCAACAAACCUCCUUUUAAAAAUUUAAUUGCAAAUGGAUUAGUUUUAGCAUCUGAUGGCCAAAAAAUGUCCAAACGUAAAAAAAAUUAUCCAGACCCCUUAGAAGUUGUGGACAAGUUUGGUGCUGAUGCUUUACGGCUUUAUUUAAUUAAUUCUCCCGUAGUGAGAGCAGAAAACUUAAGAUUCAAAGAAGAAGGUGUGAAAGAAAUUUUAAAAGAUCUAUUUUUACCUUGGUAUAAUGCUUAUAGAUUUUUCAUUCAAAACAUUCAGGGUACUCCUGGUAUUGUGUACAAGCCUAAUAAAAAAUUUUGUAGUACUCCUAGUGAAAAUAAAAUGGACCGAUGGAUAUCAUCUUGGACACAAUCAUUAAUUGCCUUUGUUAGACAAGAAAUGGCAUCAUAUCGUUUAUACACUGUAGUUCCUAGACUAGUAAAAUUUAUUGAUGUUCUUACUAACUGGUAUGUUCGUUUGAAUCGUCAAAGACUAAAGGGUGAAUGUGGACCAUCUGAUAAACAAGAAUCAUUAGACACCUUAUAUCAUGUACUUAUGACCCUUGUAUAUCUUAUGGCACCUUACACACCAUUUAUAUGUGAAUUAAUGUAUCAAAAUCUAAGAAAAAUUGAAAAUCUCAAAGAACAAAGUGUACAUUUCCAUAUGGUACCAUCUGUGAUGGAACAUUUGAUUGAUAAAAACAUUGAGCAAAGUGUAGCAAAUAUGCAAAAUAUUAUUGAAAUGGGUAGGGUUAUGAGAGAUCGGAAAACAAUUCCAAUUAAGUAUCCUUUGCCAGAUAUUAUGAUUGUUUCUGAUGAUCCAAAAAUAAUUCAAAAUGUGAAUGAAUUCCGUAGUUAUAUUGAAAAAGAAUUAAAUGUCAAAACUAUAAAUAUAUCAAAAAAUAAAAGUAAAUAUGUGAAACUCAGAGCUGAACCAGAUCAUAAAACUUUAGGUUCCAGAUUGAAAUCAGAUUUUAAAAGAGUAACAGCAGCCAUACGAGAAUUAACUGAUGAGCAACUUCAAGCUUGGCAAAAUGAACUAUCUGUUUUUGAGAACUCAGAAAAGAAUGAUGAACAAAAAAAACCAACACUCAAAGUUUUAGAACAUGAAUUAGAUGCUUCAGAAUUUAGAAUAUUGUACAAUUUCACUGGAGCUGAAGCCGAAGAAAUGGCAAAAAGUUAUGAAGCACAGUUAAAUCAUGAUAUUUUAUUGUUAAUGAAUGUUACACCAGACCAAAAUAUGUUAGAUGAAGGUACUGCUCGUGAAAUUAUUAAUAGAAUUCAAAAGUUACGAAAAAAGGCUCAUUUAGUUCCGACAGACUUAAUUAAGGUUUACUAUAGCAUUCAGCCAAAUGGAGAACUUUCCAGAGUUGCAAAAGAGUUUAGUGAGUUCAUUACUAGUGCACUUAAAGUACCAUUUAUUAAUGAACCAGCAGUUGGAAAUGUGAUAAUAGAAGAUUCACAAAAUCUCAAAGGAUCAGAGCUCAAAAUAAUACUGACAAAAGAAAUUUGCAAAAAAAAUUUACCAGUUUGUAGAUUUAUUAAUGUAGAAAUUCAUGGAAUUAAUGCAAAGUAUGGUGCUAAAAAUGAAAGUACUAUUCUUCUUGAAAAUCCUGUUGGAAAAAAUAUUUUAAACAUGGAUAGUUUAACUCAUGAAAUCCAGAAUAUGUUUGGUUUAUUUGGAGUAGAUAUUUUAUUGAAAUCUUCAGAAGGGGAAAAAUUAACUGAUGAUUUAUUGAAAAAAAUUAACAACUGUACUAUUGUGGCGCAAAAAAAAAUUGAACUCAAACAUUUUAAAGUUAUGAAUAGAACUUCGUCAAUUAUUAAAUCAAUAAACAUCAAGUAUGGAUCAGAAACUGGUACUUUGCUUUUACACAAAAAGGAUGAAGAUGAAAAUUUAGAAAGUUUAAAAUCCAAAGUAUCAAGUAUUUUUAGUAUUAAUACUAAAAAUAUUGAUUUAGUAAAAGAAAAUGGGCUUAUUAUUGUUACAACUAACUAAAAAAACUUAGUCACGAGUAUAUAUGAAAUAAAUAACGUUUUUCCAUA